CCCCCCGCCCCGCUACGGCGCCUUCCCCAUGAGCACUCUGCAGGUGUAUUCAGUCAGGGUUGAAGGAAUCAGAAGGGGCUUGCAGUGGCCGCUCGAUGUGUUCGGCAUCGUCGCCGCGCGCGACACCGUCGACUUCAACCGCAACAUCAUCUUCAGCCGCACGAGGGACAACUGCCAGACCCUCACCAAAGAGGAUCGGAACUUGGCACUGGAAGGUCCUAGCCGUGCCGUUGUGUGGCAGGAUCAUUUGUACAUCGAGGUUAAGCUGACGGUGAAGGGGCCUACCGAAUCCGAGGAUAAAGACUUGAGCUUUCUAGUUGUGCCAUUUGCAUGUGGUAAUGCGGCGUACUCAUAUCACAAUUAUAGUUACAGAACUAGCAAGCUUAGUACGGUGAGGCUUUCACUUGGUCCUAUUGUUGACUCUGUGGAGGCCACAAUAUUUGUGCGAGUCAGUGAUGGGUCAUGGCCAGAUGGUUUCCGUGCCCAAUUCGCUGCAUUUACCACUGGCAUUCGUCGCAAGAUAGCCCCUAGCAUUGAUCACAAGAAGAUAAUCUUGCUUGAUUCUGGAAGCAGAAAAGUGCCUUUUAAUGCUGGAGGGAUCGAGCUUUCACGGCGUGUCGUUUCGGUUGAGACUACUGGGAAGCUGAGAGUCUGCAUCAAGGCGUGGAAGAUUGUGGAAAGUGCUAAGAAUGCUGUGAAGGAUGAGUUAUUUUUCACACCCCAGGAAGCGGGGAGAAGCUCUGGUUUGCUUGAUGCUGGCUUUUGUAAGAUGGAAGUUACCGUCGCCUGGUCCCUCAUUACCUGUGAUUAAUAGUGUGACGAGUGACCUGUCAUGAAGAUACCGCUGAUGGAAGUUACAAAAGCUACAAGUUAUGGGCACUUGGAAGUUCUUGCAGAGUUAUGGUUAUUUUAGUUUUUUGAAACUGGUAUUUAGCACUUUGUUCUAGAGGGGUAUGUUAAUGUUAUUAUGAUCCUGGUGAGACUACCAGCAGAAAGCUGCAAGUUUCUGUUCGGGCUUGCGAGGCCCGGGAAGCAAAUAGCAAUAAUGCUGCAGAAGACGGGGGUUUUCACACCGAAAGAAACCAAUUAGAACCCAUGGCAUGCAUGAUUCAAGGCUUAUAAGAUGGAUGCAGACGCAUUUAUAAGUUAUACUGCUUAGAAUCUUUCAAAAAAAAAAAGUUAUACUGCUUAGUGAUCUGUUAUCAAACUCUUAGAGUUGGCAUUGCAGCUAUUGCUUUUGAAAUGGUAUUUAAAGUUAUGAUGUGAUUUCGAUGUGAUUGCCGCCU